UUGAAAAACCUGGAAUCGAAAACGAAAACGAAACUAGAAUAAUUUGUGAAUGUUCGUAACUCUGUCUAGAAUAAACAUGUGAUCCUACAAGGUUAGAUUCUAGAAAACGCGUCAGCUGCCCGUUUCUUGUGUUACUGUUCAGCAUAACCGAGAUUGAACCGUUCAGUGAACGUUCUGCGCCUAUGCCUCUAUGACCAAAGAUGCAGCCUUGAAAUUUGGAUGACAUGUACAGUUUUGCACACCAAUCUUAAAACUGUCUUUCAGUGACCAUGAAUAUGACCUACUGACCUGCUUUCUAAUAUUUUAGCAUCAGAAACAUGUGGCUCAUAUUACUCAGGUAUAAGCAUACUUCAGACAAUGAGAGAAAGUGACAGAUAGUUGAUAUGAGAAUUGCCUGUUUUGUAACUUAAGGUCUAAAUAUCAGCUUUGAUAGUUAUUUGUUUGACAAUGGCAUCCUGCAGAGAAUUUUCUUCUGUUGGUCGUGAGAUGGAACCAGAGGAAAAAGAACUGGAGGCGACAAUUCAGUUUUUUCUCGAGGCAUUCAGAAGUUACGUUGUACAAACUGUCGAUUACAGAGAUCUUAUGAUGUAUAAAUAUUUUAGUAUUGAACAAAGAAAAGAGUUUCGAAAUCUAGCAAAAAAGGAAGCCAAUGAAUGUGUUACAGACAGGAUGGUGGACACAAUUCUCGAGAUGAAGGAUAAACCGGACAGAUUUUCAGCACUAGUCAGUUUGUUCAAAGAAGAAUUUGGAAAUGAAAAAGUUGUUGGCAUUCUCAAAGGAGAAAAGAUGCCAUCCAAUUUCAAGGAUCACAAAGACAAAAUUCAGAAAACUAUGAUGAAAACUAUUUGUAAUAACUUACAUGUAAUCCAUAUCAUCCCACAGUUAAUGAAUCGUAAUUUGAUAGUGCAAAGAGAAGCAGACAAUCUACGUAAUGUGGAAAACAAUCAUUCAAAAUACGAAGCUGCAAUAGAUCUUGUACUGAUGUUACCUAAUAGAUGUGUUGAUUGGUAUCCUAGAUUCAUGAUCUGUUUAAUUGAUUCGGGACAAGAACCUCUGGCUGAGACAUUGGAUAAAGAUUUAUAUCAGGAAAUACUGAGCCACAGAAAAAGGAAAAUGGCAGAAAAUAGUGACAAAUGCUGGUCAUUGGAUGAUGACAAUGAAUUUUGUGAAAAUUUUGGACAGAGUUCAUUAGUUUCAGUUGAAGUUCCAUUGAGACAAUCUUCUUACCAAGACACUUUAAGGAGCAGCGAUGAAACACAGCUUAAAGAAAUGUACAGAGGAGAGCUGAGUUUAGCCAACAAUGAAGAUGACACUGAUGAGAUCGAAGAUACAGACAUCUCGCUAAGAGAAUACCAGCGAGAGUUAGCUGCCCCUGCCUUACAAGGAAAGAAUGUGAUAAUUGUAGCACCAACAGGGUCUGGUAAAACUAGGGUGGCCAUGAGGAUUAUCCAGGAGCAUAUCCGGCAGCAGAAGGGAAGGGGAAUAGCAAAGGUUAUAUUCCUCGUAAAUCAGGUGGUCCUUGCAAAUCAGCAAGGUGAGGCCUGUAGAGGGCUACUGAAGAAGUAUACAUCUAAGGUGAUAACUGGAGAAUCACAGAGAAAGAGCGAAUGUCUCAAAGAUUUUAUAGAUAAACGUGAUAUAUUGGUUGUCACUGCCCAAGUUCUGCUCAAUGCUUUAUGUAGAAAAGAGAUCAGUGGAAUAAACAAGUUCUCACUUAUUGUGUUUGAUGAGUGUCAUCAUACACAUGCCAAUCAUACAUUUAAUCAAAUCAUGGGAAGAUACAUGGAUCUCAUGUUUGAUAAACCUGAUCAUUGUUUACCACAGAUUGUUGGUUUAACAGCUUCUGUAGGUGUAGGUAAAGCAAGGAAUGAGGAGAAAGCCAUGGAACAUAUCAAACAUUUGAUGGCGAACCUUGAUGCUCAGGUUAUAUGUACAGUGCAGAGAAACAUGGGAGAACUGAGGCAGCAUGUCAGUCUACCAGAGGAAGAAACACAUAAAGUGCCCAAGCGACAAAAUGAUGUUUUUCAAGAGAAUGUGAUUAAACUAAUGAAUACCAUAGAGAAAAGAAUGACCCAGUCUUCAUUGGUGAAGGAGAUCCCUGAAGCCAGCAAGAUUGAGGGUGCCCUGAAAGCCCCUGCCCAAAAAGGGACAGCUCAGUAUACACAGUGGGUUAGUAAGCUGUGUAGGGAAACUGCAAAACUGAAGAGUUCUGAAGCUAGUCGAUUCCUAAAUCAUUGUAUGACUCACCUAGAGCAUUACAACAAUGCUUUGAUUAUAUAUAAUGAUGCGAGAAUGGAAGAUGCUUUGGGUUAUCUCGAUGCAGAGAUGAAUCGCUGGAAGGAAAAUGCCAUAAUGGAUGAAAACGAGUCCAUUCUUUAUGGAGCCUUCAAAAAAUUAAGAAGUGCCAGGUUUAGGAACUGUCCAAAUCCAAAGCUAGACAAGUUAUGUCAGAUGAUAACAAAGGCAUAUGAGGGUAACUUUGAAAACUCACGUGGUAUAGUGUUUGUAAAGACAAGAGAUUUGUCCAAGGCAAUCCUUAGCUGGAUGAAGGAGACACCAUUUCUGAGGGAGUUAAAUCCGAUAGUGUUUGUUGGAACAAAUAUGGCUGCAGGUAAAGGAGUGGUGAAGGAGAUCCCUGAAGCCAGCAAGAUUGAGGGUGCCCUGAAAGCCCCUGCCCAAAAAGGGACAGCUCAAUAUACACAGUGGGUUAGUAAGCUGUGGAGGGAAACUGCAAAACUGAAGAGUUCUGAAGCUAGAAGAUUCCUAAAUCCUUGUAGGACACACCUAGAGCAUUACAACAAUGCUUUGAUUAUUUAUAAUGAUGCGAGAAUGGAAGAUGCUUUGGGUUAUCUUGAUGCAGAGAUGAAUCGCUGGAAGGAAAAUGCCAUAAUGGAUGAAAAUGAGUCCAUUCUUUAUGGAGCGUUCAAAAAAUUAAGAAGUGCCAGGUUUAGGAACUGUCCAAAUCCAAAGCUAGACAAGUUAUGUCAGAUGAUAACAAAGGCAUAUGAGGGUAACUUUGAAAACUCACGUGGUAUAGUGUUUGUAAAGACAAGAGAUUUGUCUAAGGCAAUCCUCAGCUGGAUGAAAGAGACACCAUUUCUGAGGGAGUUAAAUCCGAUAGUGUUUGUUGGAACAAAUAUGGCUGCAGAUAAAGGAGGUAUGACUAAAGCUGAGCAAGUGGAUGCACUAGAGUAUUUCAAAAGUGGGAAGCACAAGUUGAUAAUAGCAACUUCAGUUGCGGAAGAAGGUCUCGAUAUUUCCAAGUGUAAUCUUGUUAUCAGAUAUGACCAUGUGACUAACGAGAUAGCAAUGGUACAGUCCAGAGGCAGAGGUAGGGCAGCAGACAGCAAGUAUUAUGUGAUUGCCGAGGAGAAUACGGGUAUGGCAGAGAAGGAGGAACUCAACAUGAUACGAGAGAUCAUGAUGAGGAAAGCUAUCAUCCGGCUACAGGAAUAUAUACAGAAGAAUCCAGACAAGUUUCGCCAGGAGAUUCACAAAUUCCAAGACGAAGCUAACCUAGAUAGGCAGUUGAAAUCUUUGGGAUCUAGACGCAAGUUGAUUAGAACAGGACAGUUUGAACUACGCUGCCUCAAGUGUGAUCAUUUCAUAUGCUGGUCUGAUGAUGUGAAAAAAAUUCAAGAUUCCCACCAUGUUGUUACUGAUGAGCAUUUGAAAGAAAGGGUAACAUUUGCUAAAAGUGGGUCAACCAGAUACCAGGAUGAGGCUAUCCAGUUUGUCGGCAAGCUCAUUUGUAAAGAAUGCGGAGGCAACCUCGGUGUGAUAUGUAUUCAUAGAACAUUGGAAUUCCCAGUACUUAAGAUAGAAAAUUUUCUGAUUGUUGAUACCAAUGGCAGACAGGAUACAUGCAAGAAAUGGAAAUCAGUCCCUUUUCAUGUGGCACCUGUCACUAAUGAGGAUUUUAAGGAAAUAGUCAAAGCAAGAAAAGGAGAUUUAUAGGCUAGCAUAACAUAAUUAUGCCUUUACUAAACCUCUGAUCAACUGUGUAUUUCUCCCUGUAAAUUACAGGAUAAAUAAAAAUUACAAGAGAAAUAAAAGCACUGAAGUAUUACACAACUAUCAAUAGUACAGCAACUGGAAUGUUCGCUGUGGUCUGUUUAAUUUCAAAGUCCAAGCACAGAAUGAACAAUUGCUAGUUUUGUAUUUACAUAUGAGUUUUGAUAAGCAUUAUAGUAAUUGAUUAUUUUGAAAAUUUAAUUCUGUAUUUACAGAAGUACACUGCUUAUUUUAUUCUCUGUUUUCUCCAGUGGUAUAAUACCUUAUCUGCAUUGUAAGGUUCUAGAGUGAUACUGCAUUUUAUGGACAAGCUGUUAAAACUUUCUAGUUUCAAGUAAGCUCAGUGUCUCAGUGAUACAAAAUUUAUUUGUACGAAGAUAAAUGUGUCAUAUUUUCUUAGUUGUAAAACAAACUUAUAUUACAUUUAAAGCAGUUUUCCUUUAUUUUGUCAAUUAUGAUCUCACUUGUCUUGUACUUUAAAAUGCAUUAUUGAUACUUAAUAAGAACCAGAUUAAUACCAGCCUUAGGUUAUUAUAGUCUUUAUUUUAAACAAAACUUGCACAAAAUUAGCUUGUAAAAUAAAAUUUUGAUAAUUUGAAAGACUUAAAACUCACUUUCUUGACAUUUUGUCAUGUUUUUCUAAUUUUAAAAUUUCAGAUACCAUUUGGACACUGUCAGUUUUCAUCAUAUAUAAUUAUUAUGUCUCCCCCACUCUGGGGGAGACAUAUUGAUUUUGCCCUGUCCGUCUGUACGUCACACUUCAUUUCCGAGCAAUAACUGGAGAACCAUUUGACCUAGAACCUUCAAACUUCAUAGGUUGGUAGGGCUUAUGGAGGAGACGACCCUAUUGUUUUAGGGGUCAUUCUGUCAAAGGUCAAGGUCACAGGGGCCUGAACCAUUUCCAAUCAAUAACUCGAGAAUGACUUGACCCAGAAUGUUGAAACUUCAUAGGAUGAUUGGUCAUGGAAAGUAGAUGACCCCUAUUGAUUUUGGGGUCACUCUGUUGAAGGUCAAGGUCACAGGGUCCUGAACAUUGAAAACCAUUUCCGAUCAAUAACUUGAGAACCACUUGACCCAGAAUGUUGAAACUUAAUAGGAUGAUUGGUCAUGCAGAGUAGAUGAUCCCUAUUGAUUUUGGGGUCACUCUGUUGAAGGUCAAGGUCACAGGGGCCUGAACAUUGAAAACCAUUUCCGGUCAGUAACUUGAGAACCACUUGACCCAGAAUAUUGAAACUUAAUAGGAUGAUUGUUCAUGCAGAGUAGAUGACCCCUAUUGAUUUUGGGGUCACUCUGUUGAAGGUCAAGGUCACAGGGGCCUGAACAUCGAAAACCGUUUCCGGUCUGUAACUUGAGAACCACUUGAUCCAGAAUGUUGAAACUUAAUAGGAUGAUUGUUCAUGCAGAGUAGAUGACCCCUAUCGAUUUUGGGGUCACUCUGUUAAAGGUCAAGGUCACAGGGGCCUGAACAUUGUAAACCAUUUCGGAUCAAUAACUUGAGAACCACUUGACCCAGAAUGUUGAAACUUAAUAGGAUGAUUGGUCAUGCAGAGUAGAUGAUCCCUAUUGAUUUUGGGGUCACUCUGUUGAAGGUCAAGGUCACAGGGGCCUGAACAUUGAAAACCAUUUCCGGUCAGUAACUUGAGAACCACUUGACCCAGAAUGUUGAAACUUAAUAGGAUGAUUGGUCAUGCAGAGUAGAUGACCCCUAUUGAUUUUGGGGUCACUCUGUUGAAGGUCAAGGUCACAGGGGCCUGAACAUUGAAAACCGUUUCCGGUCUGUAACUUGAGAACCACUUGACCCAGAAUGUUGAAACUUAAUAGGAUGAUUGUUCAUGCAGAGUAGAUGACCCCUAUCGAUUUUGGGGUCACUCUGUUAAAGGUCAAGGUCACAGGGGCCUGAACAUCGAAAACCGUUUCCAAUCAAUAACUUGAGAACCUCUCGACCCAAAAUGUUGAAACUUCAUAGGAUGAUUGUUCCUGCAGAAUAAAUGACACCUAUUUGUUUUUAGGGCCACUCCUUUAAAGGUCAAGGUCACAAGGACCUGAACAUUGAUAACCAUUUCUGAUCAAUAACUUGAGAACCUCUUGACCCAGAAUAUUGAAACUUCAUAGGAUGAUUGAACAUGCAGAAUAGAUGGCCCCUACCGAUUUUGGGGUCACUCUGUUAAAGGUCAAGGUCACAGGGGCCUGAACAUGGAAAACAAUUUCCAAUCAAUAAGUUGAGAACCACUUGACCCAGUAUGUUGAAACUUCAUAAGAUGAUUGAACAUGCACAGUAGAUGACCCCUAUUGAUUUUUGGGUCACUCUGUUAAAGGUCAAGGUCACAGAGGCUUGGUCAUGUAAAAUCAUUUCCGGAAAAUAACAUGAGAACCACUUGACCUAGAAUGUUGAAACAUAAUAGGAUGAUUGGACAUGCAGAGUAGAUGACCCCUAUUUAUUUGGGGGUCACUUGAUCAAAGGUCAAGGUCACAGGAGCCUGAACAGUGACUUGAGAACCACUGGGCCAAGAGUGUUGAAACUUAUAAGUAGAUGAUCCCUAUUGCAGCCAUCCAUCAGUGUCUCUUUGACUUUCGCUCCUGACCCCUAUUGACUUCUUGCCUAUAGGACUUUGCAUUGGGGGAGACAUGCGCUUUUUUACAAAAGCAAUUUCUAGUUAUGUAUAUAUUUAAACACCCUCAUAAAUAUGAUUGGUUACCCUUUUUAAAUCUGUACUGAACAUGUGGAAUUAAUUCCUGGGGAUUUCACCUGUGUGUUAAUCCACAGAAUUAAAUCCUCAUGAAGAAAUAAAACUUGCAUUCAUUUUAUCUUCAAAAAGUGAAUAGUGAUGGUGUUCAUAUUCCAAAGAAAUAGCAUUUUUACCAAAAGCACAAGAUUCUAUGUCUGCGGAAUGAAUAGAUUAUGUUGUGUAUGUUGGUUGGUCUGUCUGUCGACCAUUUGGUUUCUAAUCAUUAACUGGACAUUGUGUGUAACCUACUUUUUCAAAAAAUGUGGCUUCUUAUUCCAGAAGACCAAUGUGACUGUAGCAAUAAAUUUUGAAGAACAGCUUUACAUGCUGCAAAGUGUCAACUGAAUGGGCAUGCGUACCAAUGACCGCCCCUUCAUCAUAUUUCAAAGAAAGAGCAGGCUGAAAACAAGCCCAGUCGUUUAUGACAAUGAAUUUUGUUGAAGCUGUUUGACUUACAUUCUGCAUGCUUUUUGUGUUUUUGGUUCAUCGAAUAUAUUUUAUAGAUAAUAUAGAGUCAAAUGUCAGUAAAUUUGAUUAUCAAACUUACUACAUAGGAUUUUCAGUUUAAUAUUUUGUAGUAAAUCCAAAAUUACUGAAUGUGUGUUAGUAUAUUAGGUGGGUGGGAUAGGGUAAUGCGUAUAUUUAUUGAUACAGCUUCAAGCGCCUGUGAAUAGUCUAGCUAUUCUACUCACCCUGGUGUCGGCGUCAGCGUCACAGCUUGGUAUUUGCUUGCAAGUACAUGUGGCUAUUAUUUAAAGGCAUAUAGCUUUGAAACUUAUUUUUUCUUUUUCUAGGUCAAUUACCAACCUCAUUGGGUCAAGUCACAUAACUCUGACAUGUAUUUUGGCAGAUCUAUACAAACAUUAGGCCUCAGUCAAAUUAUGCCCCCUGUUGGACUUAGAAAAUCCUGGUUAAAGUUUUGCAUACAAGUUACUAUUUCCAAAACAAAUGCAGAUAUUGAAUAGAAACUUCACAUGUGUCUUCGGGGUAAUAAAACUAGAUGAUAGCAUCAAGUCCCAUAACACUGACAUGCAUUUUGGCCAAAUUAUGCCCCCAUUUGAACUUAAAAUUUCUGGUCAAGUUUUGCAUGCAAGUUACUAUCUCCAAAACUAAUGCAGACACUUGAUUGAAAUUCUAUAGAUAUUUUAACAUUUACUAGGGUAAUAUUCCUGCUUCUGGGACAACAAUUUGAAUAGUCAAGCAUAAGCUAUCUUAUGGACAGCUCUUGUUUACUUUGCAGCUAUAGUACUGUUUACUUAAAAAGUAUUUUUUCAUGUUGUUUUUUUUAUUAAGGAUUCUACACAAUAUGUUAUAUUUAGGAUAAUUGUUUACAUGCUGUUGUUUAUUUUUUUGUCGUACAAGGAAGCUUUAUAUUAAAAUUGCUUUGAAAUGUAAAUUUAAUGCUUUAAGUGGAAGUGCCCUUUUUUACUGUUCGAUUCGAAAUGAUAAAAAAACUUAAUUUGUCUAGAUUUUUAAAGUUAAUACAUCAUUAAACAACAGGCAUGCUCUUAAAGAAUUAAGCAGUUUAGUUUUGACAAUGUGUGGUUUCUAUUUUAUCAACUUUUUUAUGUGGAAAAUUUUGUCCUUGUAUGAAUAUGAGCAUACAGCAUACUUUUUAGCUCACCUGUCACAAAGUGACAAGGUGAGCUUUUGUGAUCGCGCAGCGUCCGUCCGUCAGUCCGUCCGUGCGUGCGUAAACUUUUGCUUGUGACAACUCUAGACGUCACAUUUUUCAUGGGAUCUUUAUGAAAAUUGGUCAGAAUGUUCCCCUUGAUGAUAUCUAGGUCAAGUUCGAAACUGGGUCACGUGCGGUCAAAAACUAGGUCAGUAGGUCUAAAAAUAGAAAAACCUUGUGACCUCUCUAGAGGCCAUAUAUUUCAUAAGAUCUUCAUGAAAAUUGGUCAGAAUGUUCACCUUGAUGAUAUCUAGGUCAAGUUCAAAAAGUGGGUCACGUGGCCUCAAAAACUAGGUCAGUAGGUCAAAUAAUAGAAAAACCUUGUGACCUCUCUAGAGGCCAUAUUUUUCAUGGGAUUUGUAUGUAAGUUUGUCUGAAUGUUCAUCUUGAUGAUAUCUAGGUCAAGUUCGAAAGUGGGUCACAUGCGGUCAAAAACAAGGUCAGUAGAUCUAAAAAUAGAAAAAUCUUGUGACCUCUCUAGAGGCCAUACUUAUGAAUGGAUCUUCAUAAAAAUUGGUCAGAAUGUUCACCUUGAUGAUAUCUAGGUCAAGUUCGAAACUGGGUCACAUGCGGUCAAAAACUAGAUCAGUAGGUCUAAAAAUAGAAAAACCUUGUGACCUCUCUAGAGGCCAUAUAUUUCAUGAGAUCUUCAUGAAAGUUGGUCAGAAUGUUCACCUUGAUGAUAUCUAGGUCAAGUUCGAAAGUGGGUCAAGUGCCAUCAAAAACUAGGUCAGUAGGUCAAAUAAUAGAAAAAUCUUGUGACCUCUUUAGAGGCCAUAUUUUUCAUGGGAUCUGUAUGAAAGUUGGUCUGAAUGUUCAUCUUGAUGAUAUCUAGGUCAAGUUCGAAAGUGGGUCACGUGCCGUCAAAAACUAGGUCAGUAGGUCAAAUAAUAGAAAAACCUUGUGAACUCUCUAGAGGCCAUAUUUUUCAUGGGAUCUGUAUGAAAGUUGGUCUGAAUGUUCAUCUUGAUGAUAUCUAGGUCAAGUUCGAAACAGGGUCAUGUGCUGUCAAAAACUAGGUCAGUAGGUCUAAAAAAAGAAAAACCUUGUGACCUCUCUAGAGGCCAUACUUGUGAAUGGAUCUCCAUAAAAAUUGGUCAGAAUGUUCAUCUUGAUGAUAUCUAGGUCAAGUUCGAAAGUGGGUCACGUGCCAUCAAAAAGUAGGUCAGUAGGUCAAAUAAUAAAAAAUCCUUGUGACCUCUUUAGAGGCCAUACUUUUCAUGGAAUCUGUAUGAAAGUUGGUCUGAAUGUUCAUCUUGAUGAUAUCUAUGUCAGGUUUGAAACUGGGUCAACUGCGAUCAAAAACUAGGCCAGUAGGUCUAAAAUUAGAAAAAUCUUUUGACCUCUCUAGAGGCCAUAUUUUUCAAUGGAUCUUCAUGAAAAUUGAUCUGAAUAUUCACCUUGAUGAUAUCUAGGACAGUUUCGAAACUGGGUCACAUGCGGUCAAAAACUAGGCCAGUAGGUAUAAAAAGAGAAAAAACCUUGUGACCUCUCUAGAGGCCGUAUUUUUCAUGAGAUCUUCAUAAAAAUUAGUGAGAAUGUUCACCUUGAUGAUAUCUAGAUAAAGUUCAGAACAGGGUCACAUACCUUCGAAAACUAGGUCAGUAGGUCAAAUAAUAGAAAAACCUUGUGACCUCUUUAGAGGCAAUAUUUUUCAUGGGAUCUGUAUGAAAGUUGGUCUGAAUGUUCAUCUUGAUGAUAUCUAGGUCAAGUUCGAAACAUGGUCAUGUGCUGUCAAAAACUAGGUCAGUAGGUCUAAAAAUAGAAAAACCUUGUGACUUCUCUAGAGGCCAUACUUGUGAAUGGAUCUCCAUAAAAAUUUGUCAGAAUGUUCAUCUUGAUGAUAUCUAGGUCAAGUUCGAAAGUGGGUCACGUGCCAUCAAAAAGUAGGUCAGUAGGUCAAAUAAUAAAAAAUCCUUGUGACCUCUCUAGAGACCAUACUUUUCACGGAAUCUGUAUGAAAGUUGGUCUGAAUGUUCAUCUUGAUGAUAUCUAGGUCAGGUUUGAAACUGGGUCAACUUCGGUCAAAAACUAGGCCAGUAGGUCUAAAAUUAGAAAAAUCUUUUGACCUCUCUAGAGGCCAUAUUUUUCAAUGGAUCUUCAUGAAAAUUGAUCUGAAUAUUCACCUUGAUGAUAUCUAGGUCAGUUUCGAAACUGGGUCACAUGCGGUCAAAAACUAGGCCAGUAGGUAUAAAAAUAGAAAAACCUUGUGACCUCUCUAGAGGCCAUAUUUUUCAUGAGAUCUUCAUGAAAAUUAGUGAGAAUGUUCACCUUGAUGAUAUCUAGAUAAAGUUCAAAACAGGGUCACGUACCUUCGAAAACUAGGUCAAUAGGUCAAAUAAUAGAAAAACCUUGUGACCUCUCUAGAGACCAUAUUUUUCAAUGGAUCUUCAUGAAAAUUGGUCAGAAUUUUAUCUUGAUAAUAUCUAGGUCAAGUUCAAAACUGGGUCACAUGAGCUCAAAAACUAGGUCACUAUGUCAAAUAAUAGAAAAAAAUGAUGCAAUACUCAAAACUGGGUCAUGUGGGAAGAGGUGAGCGAUUCAGGACCAUCAUGGUCCUCUUGUUUAAACUUACCUUGUAACUCUGUGAUAUCCUGUGUUAAAUGGGCUUCAUAAUGAUAUUACUUAUUCAGUAAAGUUGUGUUAAGCAAAUGAGCCACACCAUGAGAAAACCAACAUAGUGCAUUUGUGACCAGCAUGGAUCCGGACCAGCCUGCGCAUCCACGCAGUCUGGUCAGGAUCCAUGCUGUUCGCUUUCAAAGCCUAUUGUAAUUAGUGAAACUGUUAGCGAACAGCAUGGAUCCUGACCAGACUGCGUGGAUGUGCAGGCUGGUCUGGAUCCAUGCUGGUCGCAAAUGCACUAUGUUGGUUGUCUCAUGGUGCGGCUCAAAUGUUUUUGGGGUAACAGGAAAAGGGGUCAGUCAUUUAAUAUAAUCCAGCAUUGGUUUAUUGCUGUAAACAUCAGUGCCUGUCCUAGGGUUUGAAACACUUGCUUUUAAAUGUGAAAAAUUUUCAGAUUAUUGUCACAGAUUUAGGAACUCUUGCUGUCUCUGAAACUCAGGAACUUACAUUCUUGAAUAUAUAUUAACAUGUGAUAGAAGAAGUUUGUAACAUCUUGCUUUGACAAAAUGAUCCUUACUGUGUGUGUUUGAUCUACCAAACAUCUGUAACAGGGUUUUUCAUAAAUUUUGGCUUUCUUUUGCAGACACGAUUGAUUCUGACUUUGCGACCAGUGUAGAUCAUGAUCAGCCUGCUCUUCUGUGGAGUCUGAUUAUGAUCUGCACUGUUCGCCAUUCAGUUAGUAUCUUUUUGGUAAGCACCUCUCCUUCAUUAUAGAAAUUUAGCAGGAUAAAGGUUAAAGAAGUGUACCAGUAAUAACAUUUGGCAAAUUACAUAUUCUCUAUAUGUGAUUUUGGCACUUCCUGUUUUUAGCUCACCUGAGCAGUUUUUCUGAUCGCUCGAUGUCCAUCCUCUGUCGUCUGUCAACAUUUAGCUUGUGUAUGCGAUAGAGGCUGUAUUUUUCAAUUGAUCUUAUGAUCUUCAUGAAAUUUUGUAGAGCCUGUAUUUUUCAAUUGAUCUUCAUAAAUUUUGGUCAGAAUGAUUUCCUUGAUGAAAUCUAGGCCGAGUUUGAAAAUGGGUCAUCCGGGGUCAAAACUAGGUCACUAGGUCAAAUCAAGGAAAAACCUUGUGUAUGCGAUAGAGGCUGUAUUUUUCAAUUGAGGUUCAUGAAUUUUGGUCAGAAUGAUAACCUUCAUGAAAUCUAGGCCGAGUUUGAAAAUGGGUCAUCUGGGGUCAAAAACUAGGUCACUAGGUCAAAUCAAGGAAAAUCCUUGUGUAUGCGAUAGGGGCUGUAUUUUUCAAUUUAUCUUCAUGAGUUUUUGUCAGAAUGUUUACCUUGAUGAAAUCUAGGCCCAGUUCGAAAAUGGGUCAUCUGGGGUCAAAACUAGGUCACUAGGUCAAAUCAAGGAAAAACCUUGUGUAUGCAAUAGAGGCUGUAUUUUUCAAGUGAUCUUCAUGAAUUUUGGUCAGAAUGUUAACCUUGAUGAAAUCUAGGCCGAGUUCAAAAAUGAUUAAUCUGGGUUCAAAAACUAGGUCACUAGGUCAAAUCAAAGAAAGACCUUGUGUAUGCGAUAGAGGCUGUAUUUUUCAAUUGAUCUUCAUGAAUUUUGGUCAGAAUGAUAACCUUGAUGAAAUCUAAUCCAAGUUUGAAAAUGGGUCAUCUGGGGUCAAAAAGUAGGUCACUAGGUCAAAUCAAAGAAAAACCUUUUGUAUGCAAUAGAGGCUCAAUUAUUCAACUGAUCUUCAUGAAAUUUGGUCAGAAUGAUUACCUUGAUAGAAUCUAGGCCAGGUUCAAAAAUGGGUCAUCUGGGGUCAAAAACUAGGUCACUAGGUCAAAUCAAAGAAACACUUCGUGUAUGCAAUAGAGGCUGUAUUUUUCAAUUGAUCUUCAUGAAAUUUGAUCAGAAUGAUUGCCUUGAUCAAAUAUAGAUCGAGUUCAAAUAUGGGUCAUCUGGGGUCAAAAUGUAGAUUACUAGGUCAAAUCAAAGAAAGACCUUGUGUAUGCGAUAGAGGCUGUAUUUUUCAGUUGAUCUACAUGAAAUUUGGUCAGAUUGAUUGCCUUGAUAAAAUUUAGAUAAAAAGAAGGUCACUAGGUCAAAUCAAAGAAAAUUCUUGUGUAUGCGAUAGAGGCUGUAUUUUUCACUUGAUCUUCAUGAAAUUUGGUCAGAAUAAUUUCCUUGAUAAAAUUUAGAUA